CUUUUUUCUCUCUAGACACUGACCACACCACGUGACACCAUUUUUCAUCAGUUUCAAAUCACGCUUUCCACGUGAUGACGUCAUUGUUUUCAUACUAUUCGAUUUGUUUCGAUCUUCAAAGCAUCAAGGAGCACCCAGUUUUUGUUCAUAGUUGUCUUAUGACUAAAAGAGACCACGGGGCGCCGCCAUUGAACUCUGGAGCAAAUCAGAACUUUUCUCAAUUUUGCAUCAAAAAUAUGAUGGAAUUAAUUUAAAUACUUAUUCCAGUUAAGUGAUUAGACACUUCAUAAUCACUUAACUAUUUGUCAGUAAUAUGUUUAUUGAAUAAAAAUAUUCAAAAUA